AUGGCAGAAAAUGACACUAUUUAAAAUUUGAAAGCUAAUUUCUUAAUAGAGAAUUAAGAUUUAGAAUAAUUGGCUUAAGGUAUUUUAAUAUAUUUUCCUAAUUAGCUAAUAGAUUAUCAGACAAUAACCUUCGCAAUCUUUUUACUUGGGCACAUAAAGAAUAUCAUAUAAAAAAAAAAUCAUUGGAAGCGGAGAUAAUAAAGUUAAACACUGAAUUAACCAUUUUAAGAAACUAAAAUCAGAAUAAUUUAUCUGAGAAUUAAAUCAAGCAUUUUUAAGAACAAAAAAAAUCAUUGGAAGUGGUUAUUUAAUAGUUAAAAACUGAAUUAACUAGAAAUUAAAAAGGAUUAUUUGAAAGAAAUUUGAAAUUCUUUGAAGAGCGUAAAAAUUUGAUUGAAUCCCAAAAUAGUUUGAUUAAUUCUUUAAAAAAUGAAUAAAAAGAAUUAAGAAAUAAAAUUUUAUAAUAAUAAUAGUUCAUAUGUGAAGAAUUUUAUAAAAAAGAUCUCCUUAUACAAAUUUAACCUGGAUAUGAGUAGUAAUGUUAAAAAAUAAAUUAAUAAUUUUAAGAUAUUAAAUAAUAAACUUAAAACUUAAAUAAAGAAAUAUGUUUACUUUAGCAAUAAUAAUAAAACCAAAAUGAAGAUGAUUAUGAAGAAUUAGAAAAAAAAACACUUACCAUAAUAGUCUAGAUAGAUAAUGUAAGAUAAUCUUCAAACAAUUUAAAAGAUAUAAUUGAAAAAAUUUCAUUAAAGAUCUCACAAUAAGAUAUAUAAAUGAGUUCAAAUUUAUAGAAAGCUUAAACCUAUAUAUAAUAUAAUAUAAAAAUAUAUCUUGAAUUCAAAAAAAUUUUAACAACUUUAUUAGACCAGUCAAAAAGACUUUAUGAUAAAAAUAUAUAUUUAACAAAAUAAUUAGACGAAGUUAAUAAAAAAGUAGAAACUUUUACCAAAGAACAAGAUAAAUUAUUUAAUGAAUUUGAGAGGGAAUUUAAAAACACAUAUUCCAAGGAUUCGAAUAAUGAAAAAAUUGGUAAAAUUAAUUUCAAAUAUAAUAAUAGAUAGUUUAUCAAUUGAUAUUUCUACAUAUUACAAGCUUUUUAAAGAAUUUAGUUAAUUUGUUCUUGCUUCAAUCUAAUUAAUGCCAGGUUUUAAAUAAAAAGUAGGAUUUUAAGAUUAAUAAAGAGAAUAAAUAAGGAAUUUUAAUCAAAAUCCAUAGGAUAAGUUACAAAUUCAAGAUAAUAUCAAAAAAUUUUAAGAAAUUCUUAAAUCUUUAGUCAAUCACAUUAGCGCCUCUUAAGAUAUUACAGUACUAUUAAGUUCAUCAAUGAGCUUUUUAGAAAAAUUUUUAGAAUUAUUAAAUCCUUCGCAAACUGGGUAAAGAUGA